AUGUCGUUUGUAAGUAAUUUCGAGAGCACCCGAUGGAGGUUUACUAAGGCGGAGAUCACUAUUCUGUCGGGGGCGGAUAUAGUGGCUGCAUAUGCCAUUUGGACAUUCGUUACAUACUUAACCGAUGUAUGGGACCUCGGUGUUACACAGGCUGCUGGGAUUUUCAACUUGUAUUAUGGCAUCAUCAACAUAAUGCCACUUUUCACGCAAUACAUUGUGGCUGCUUUCCUGGGCAACUAUCGGAUGCUCAUGAUCUCCAGUUAUGCUUUGGAUAAUUACUUCUGGACCUUGGCUGCAUUGUUUGCAGCUACUCUUGGGUUUGGUGCUUUGGCACUAUCAACACCACCAAUGCUUGGUUGGGCAACAGGUACAUGCACCGCAUAUGAGGCGGAGUGCAUUGGGCCAGUCCAAAAGAUCCUGUUUUACACAGCGCUACCUCUAAUAGCCGUCGGAAUCACCGGUCAAGCAACCUCCUUAGUGCAGCUCGCCCAUGACGAGAGACCACAAUGGCUUGGCCCUCUCACAUUCACUGCUCCAAUAACCUCGCUGAUCCAAUCCGCCCAAGACCAGACUACACCAGAAUCAGGCCUUUCCUCUUCCUCCGUAAUGAUCGCUCAACUGACUGCCUUAUCGCGAUCCGCCCGAGGCCAGACACCAGAAUCCGAUGGCCCCUUCGUCUUCACCCCGGGAAUGCGCGGCCUUGCUCUCGCCGCAGUCUGCAUACUCGGUUACGUAACCUCUUGGUCGAUUAAAUAUGGCGUCUCUGCCCUAGUUAUCAUAAUGGCAGCAUUUAGUUUCGUGGCGCUGUCACCUUGUUCUUACAAACGCGUUAAAGGACAAGGGGUUCCUGUGAAGUGGAAAGAAACCAAAACCAUCCUGUUGGUGACGCUUGUAGGCGCCUUGUUCGUGGCGAUGAGCGUUGUGUCCGCUAUUGGAAAUACUUACUUCGUUCUGCAAGCGAGCCACUUGAACCAGAAGGUUUGGUUCGUGAAGUUUCCACUUCCCAUUCUUCUGUUUGCGUAUAACGAAGCCAGAUCAAAGUUUGGGGGGUUUAAACGGUCUGUCGCUGCCAUCUCCAUCGGGCUCGCAGCGUCGAUGGUGCUUGCGAGUCUGUGUUGUGUCGUAGCUGCGCUGGUGGAAGCCCGAAGGCUGGCCGUGGUUAAGAGCUCCGGUUUGAUAGACUUGCCCGACGAAACAAUUCCCAUGACCAUGUUCUGGCUGGUUCCGCAGUUUGUUCUUCUUGGGUGCGCUGAUGGGAUUUUUCGUAGGGCAAUCGGUUCUCUGUACAUGGUGGCAUUGAUAUCCGAUGAGGAGGCUAAAAAUCUGGAAGCAUCGAAAGUCCUGCAGUGCCAGUACGCGGGUUUCUAUGAUAUGGCUGUUUAUGGAGUGGGAGUUAUGGGCAGCGUGUUAUCGGUUCAUGUGGUGGGUGAGAUAAGUGCAGAGGGUGGGAAGAUCAAUUGGUUUCAGCACACCCUAAACACAAGUCGUUUGGAUAAUUACUACUGGACCUUGGCUGCCUUGGUUGCAAUCAAUCUGCUGAUAUUCUUUGUUUUGGCCGUAUGCUGUGGUGCCUGUUUUUAUGUCGUUUCAAGGUUCAAGGAUGCGAAACUCCCUGCUGCCCCUGCCGUUGACGAACCACUACUACAAUAG